AUUGCUGGGUCACCUUUGUAGCUUUUCCAUAUCCGAGCACCACCUGUGCAGUGAUCCCUCUGUGGCUUCUUUCAGUCCUUCCUCUUUUUAAGAGAAAAAAACAAAACAAGUCUAAAACAACCAGUGGUACAAAGACAGGUAGUGCUAGCUUCUAGAGUAAAAGGACUAGAGCUGUGUCAACCGAAUGCCAUGUGUGUGGAGGAAAAUAACUGAACGACAUUAGGGAGGCAGAAGGAGAGAAGUGUGGCCUGGUUGGUAGUAGGGAGCUGUUCAUUGUCUAAAGUCUGCUGAUGCUGCUGUGGCUCUGUGGCAAGACUGAGGAGAGAGAUCCUGAUGGACUUACCGUGCGUUGCUGCCUCCUAUCUACUCCGAUGUGUAGGCGAUGGCUAGGCAGGGCAAGCACAGGCGGCAAAACGUGGGCCGUCAUUGAGUCUAAGCAGUGGGCAGAGGUCCGGUAGGCUGGUCUCCCAAUUUUCUUGUCUGAAGAUUUUCAUGAUUUUUUUUAAAGUGGGAAAUAUUAGAAAGGAACAACUUUAUUGCUAUAGAUCAUAAGUUUAAAAAUGCUCCUGAAAAGGAAUAUGAUACGACCAAAAUAAAGUAUUUUUGGCUGCAUUCUUUUUCCUCGCCUAGUCCUUAGGAAAAAUGAAAAGUGAGUUGGAAAGAAAACCGCUCUCCUCCCAGUCCCCCUGCCAUGCUCCACCUGCUGGGUUUGUCUGUGCUGCCCCCACACCCCCAGCCAGUCCUUCCUGAGUCCUGCUCUCACCUCUCAGCUGCUCCUGUCCUCAGGUGACUGCGGGACUCGGGCCAUGGUGCAGCUUGCUCCUCCUGCCGCCAUGGACGAAAUCACCUUCAGAAGUGACACUGUGCUGUCCGAUGUCCACCUCUACACGCCAAACCACAGACAUCUCAUGGUGCGGCUCAACGCUGUGGGCCAGCCAGUGUUCCUGUCACAGUUCAAGCUUCUGUGGAGCCGAGACGCUGAGACAGACCCCGGGGCUGAGGGUGCUCGUGACACAGAUGGCCAUGCCCAGGGGCCAGCUCCCGGAGGUGGCUGCAGCACUGAGGGUUUUUCCCUCUGGGCUGGGGCAGGGGCUCAGCUGGACGAGGACGGGGAUCUGGCUGUGGAGAGGAGGCCCCGCGCCGCCUCUGAUCCCGACCCCGCAGAGCCUCGCAGAGCCAAGGUACAGCCCAUGGUUCUGACACAGCAGGAAGACGACGACGUCGCUGGAGGUGAUGCACAGGACAGCAGCCCCCAAGAUGUCAUCCAAAUCGAGCACACCAUGGCCACCCCGCUGGAGGAUGUUGGCAAACAGGUGUGGCGGGGCGCCCUGCUCCUGGCUGAUUACAUCCUGUCCCAACGUGACCUCUUCGAGGGUCGCACGGUGCUGGAGCUGGGUGCGGGCACCGGCCUUGCCAGCAUCGUGGCAGCCACCGUGGCACAGACCGUCUACUGCACAGAUGUCGGAGCGGACCUCCUGACGAUGUGUCAGCGGAACGUCGCCCUCAACAGCCACCUGGCAGCCGCAGGUGAGGCCCGUGGGGCGGGUGGCACAGUGAAGGUCAAAGAGCUGGACUGGCUGAAGGAUGACCUCUGCACAGAUCCCGAGGUCCCGUUCAGUUGGUCGGAAGAGGACAUCUCUGACCUGUACGCCCACACUACGGUGCUGCUGGCCGCUGAAGUGUUUUAUGACGAUGACUUGACAGACGCCCUGUUUAAGACGCUGUCCCGGCUCGCUCACAGGUUCAGAAAUGCCUGCACAGCCAUCCUGUCAGUAGAGAAGAGGCUCAACUUCACACUGCGACACCUGGACGUGACGUGCGAAGCCUACGACCACUUCCGUGCCUCACUAGAGGCUCUGGAGAGGCCGGCGGGCGGCCCGCUGCGCUUCAUGGUGGAGCCCGUGGAGGCCUCCUUCCCGCAGCGGCUACUCUAUGAGCGCAUCCAGCAGCUGGAGCUCUGGAAGAUCAUUGCAGAGCCCGCUACGUGACCCAUAGCCUUGACCCUCCAUGGCAUCCUGCCACGUGACUGGUAACCUCAACCCGGCACAGCCUCCCGCCACGUGACCCAUAACCUCGGCUGAACGCGGCAUCCUGCCACGUGACCCAUAACCUCGGCUCAACGCGGCAUCUCCAUGGUGCCAGUGAUAAAUUUCUGGUAAAGCCACAUACUCACCAAAGUCACGCACCCAAGAUGCUGUGAUUCUCUUUGCUUGUUUUUAAUGCACUCUCAUUUUCAAGAUCUAGUUUAAUUUGUAUUUGA